CAAGGAGCAGAUCGACGAGGAGCCAAGCAGCUGCCCGACGAAGGGUCGUGUGCCUGGAAGAAAAACACGAUCGAAAAUGAAGAUAGAUUUGGAGAAUAAUAUAUCUUUGCCUGCUUCCAGGAUUCCAGGUGUUCAUGGUAAGACUGCGGGCCGUGCAGCAAGCCGUGUUAAUAAAGAAGAUGAAAUAAAUAUUGGGCAAGCGCAGACGAGAAAUAUCCAGAGUGACGACAAUAGGCUUUUCGUUUCUGCCAGUUCGGAUCCUAAGUCGCGACUUAAAGACGAGGGGUUGGUAUCCCAACUUGUGGCUCGCUCUCUGCCGCUUCGUCGCGUGGAUAUGGUCGUGGUGCGACGACGAGUCAUGGACAGCGCAAUGGCUGAGGGAGAAGAGGCCCAGCGCGCUAUGCGGGAAGAAGCAAAUGCUAAGAAGCGUGGUGGUGGAGCGAAUGCGAGCUCUGAUGGGAAACAGAAUGUGGAAAGUACAGAGGAACAGUCUCGUGAUCCGGAGACCUUGAGACGGAAAGCAGCUAAAAGGGACCUGGAAUUGUACAACCGCUUCCAGAACCUACCGGAACAGAGUCAUUCGAACGUUAGAAUCGAGCUGAGGCAUAACAAAGCGUUUCUCAGUGUUUGCGCCUCUGGAUCUACUGCGAUCAGGUGCUACAAAAGCAGCUUGUCCGUUGCAGUAGAAGCAAAGAAAAACCCAAGAACGGCUGCGAAUGAAAUCGAUAGCCAUGAAAACUCAUCCAUAUCACCGUCCGCGACUUCUGGAAUUCUAUCUCCGCCUGUUGCAGCUGCUUGCUUUCUGAAAGUUCGCAGCAGCCUGACUCGACCGUACUCGACGGCGCUACCCUCGUUACCUCGAACCUGUACUAGGGAAGCGUUGCCCCUAACCGUUUUCUGGGACCCUUUUUGUGGGGAUGGCACAUUGAUUCUUGAGGCAUUGGGCCUCCUGCAAGCCGUACCACCUGGAAAUCCAAACCUAAAUUACCCUAUGCUACAUUUUCCGUGUCACGAUGCGGAGAGAUACGAAGAUUUCCAAGCAGAUCUGUGUGAACAGAUAACCCAGCAGAUUGAGAAGAACGCCGCAAUUGACGCUUCGGCCAGUCUUUUUGGUGGCCGUGAAAUUGCUCUAAUCGGGACGAGGGCAAAGGGGGCUCGCUCUGCAACAUCCGGUGCGACUUCGACAUCGCCUGUGGAAACUGCAUUGCAGAAUUUUGACACGUAUCUGCGGCGGCUCCCUAGGGCCGCAGAGGAAGAAGACGAGGGUACGAAUCCCUUUCUUGGCGCGACUUAUUUGGGAAGCACGAAGCGCCUCAUGCAAAAGAGCGGCCUCGCAAAUCUCCUGGAAGCAAGAAAAGAACAGGAAAUAAAGACAGAAAAUGAAAAAGAGGUGGACCUCCACAGCAAAUAUUUGGACGAUCUGAAGCUGGAUCCUUCCGACUAUAUGAUUGAUUCUGACACCCGAGGGGGUACACGACAUAUUUCUGCUGGUGUUAUUUCAGAGCUUCGAGAGGCUGUGCGUCCAGUGCACAGCGUUUGCUUUCGGAAAAAUGAAUUUUCCGUAGAGGGAGCAGAACGCAUUUAUCGAGACUUUGAUAUGAUGUUGCGACCUUCGCGUUCUCAUCAUGCUGCAUCCGCACCAGCACCAGAACGACCGGCACCUCGCCGAGGAGAUGUUAAUAUCGUGCUUUUCACGAAUCUUCCCUAUGGUCCUGGCAUUGCUGAUUGGGAAGUACGAAAAGCGCACACUGCACUGUCACAGAUCCUCAAGAGGUGUCCUUUCGUGACGGACGCUUUCUGUGUCACCGGUCGGAAAGACCUUCAGAAGGACCACAGCUGGCGUGUGCAGAUGCGCAGUCAGAAUGGCAAUGGCGUGCCUAUAGAACUACUAAGGUGGCAGCGCGAUCAAAUGCAAUUGCAUAAUUAAUUCUUCUGUUGGUCUUGGUGAUGGUGGGGGGGGGCAAGGUCACAGAAGAUUCUGAUGAUUGUGCUUCUAUUUCUAUCUCCAAACUUGUUGAACAAGUUUUGAUUGCCUUUUUAGGACACCUCGCUGCUAAAUGUACGAACAUGAACACAAAUCAUGAGGACAAGACAUAAUAGUGAACUAGCAAUAGGACAGAGGACGACUUCAAGCGCUCGCUUUUCUUCAUCAUGUGUUGGCACAGCGAAAGCGUAGCUUACUGUACUUAAAAAAAUCGAGACCCUAGCCAUUUUGGCUUUCUCCCAUACCCCUUAUCACCUAUUGUGACUGAGUGCGUGCUAUUAAGUACGUUGGUGAAC